AUGAGUGUUGUGAUUCUCGUCCAAGCGUACAAAUUUAAUAACUUUAGAGCAAAAAGAUCAUGCUACCGGGAAUUAGCUUACAUAAGAUGCAAUUUCAAUGGGGAGACGAGUAAUCUCUGGUUUGGUCAAAGUUGCAGACUGGUAGAACAAACCUCAAUUCUAUGGGUCAUAGGGCCAAAUAGUGAUCGCAAAAUCUAUACUUGCCAUUUCACACUCACUACCCCCCUCCCCGUAGUUUUCACGGCACCAAUAAUCGGAUUGCUGCUGUCACAAGUCUCACUCCUCGCACGGACUGCGAUGAUCCUCAGCGGCCUUUUCAACCAGACGUGUUCUGGCGUCGGAGUCAUGUACACGUCUUUUGCAAGAGCAGAUAGCUUAGAAGCAUCUGAAGUGUGCAUCAUCAAUGAGCUAUUGCGAGACCCAAACGCAGCCAAUUACCCACCUUCCAAGUUGGAAAGAGGCGAUCCACUUGCACUCCCGCCUGCCAUCAAAACGGUGAUGCUAACGUGGGAUGAUCCCAACGUUGCUUCACUCGAACUCAAUGAUCUUUCUACGUUCAACGCCAUGAAUCCAGCUCUCUUGCACAAUCUAACAUCCUUGCUGUGA